UUCCUGCCCCUCCAGGGCCCUGCCUCCAGGAAGCCCUCCGAGGCCCCACCACCUCCACCCCCUCGCUGGCGCCUCCAGCCCCGCCCCACCCCGCCCACCCAGGAAGUGACCUUUCAUCGGGCUUGGGGCAGCACCCGCAGGUGUCUGUCUUGGACCUACAGAGUCACUGCUGCGCCCGUGGGGCCCUGCCUUACCCCUGCCCCUGGGCCGCUGGGCAGCAUGGCAGGGAGCGUGGCCCCCAGGCUGUCUCUGCUCCCCAUGCUCCUGGUGCUGGCCGCUGCCGACCCCCCGCCUGCCGGAGAGGUGUGGCAGUCCCCCCUCUACGCAGUCACCCCCGAGGGGGGCUCCCUCAGCAUCGCCUGCUCCGUCCACACCAACGGGACGCUGCUCGGGGUCCACCUGAGGCAAGGCCAUGUGCCGAAGACGCUGGGGGUGACCUUCUAUGACGGGGAGAGCGCCCCCACCGUGGACCAGCGGUUCCUGGGCCGCGUCCUCUUCUCGGGGCCCCCGGACCGCCUGACCGUCACCGUGCAGGGCCUGCAGCCCGAGGACACGGGCGCCUACUUCUGCGAGGCCGUCAUGGAGGAGGGGAAGGCCUGGGGCGCCGGCACCACGGUGGUGGUGACAGACUCUCUCCACACUGUCCCCAGCCGCCAGCGCCUGCCCCGGGACUCAGCUGGCCCACUUCACCUUCCCCAUGGCCCUGGCCCUGGGCUGCCUCCUGGUCCUGCUGGGCCUGGGUGCCAUGUGUGUGCUGAGGAGGAGGCAGAUCAGGAACCUGUGCUCGGCGCCGGACAAGAGCACGACGUGUGUGAUCUACGAAGACAUGUCCUGCAGCCGCCGGAACACCGUCUCCGUCCCCCACCACGGCCAGUGAGCCGGCCGCCUGCCCCUGGCGCCUCCUCCAGGAAGCCCUCCGUGCCUGCCUCACACCCUCAAGGCUGCCCUGCUUGCCCCGUGGGCUGCCCCUGGCCCCUGGGAGCCGCCAGAGACCAAGCCGCCCUUCUCCUCACACGGACCAGCUGGGGUCUGGGCAGCGGGCACGCCUGGCGGGUGGACUGUGUGCUGAGCCACCUGGCCUGACCCAGGCUUGCCCGCCCUCAACCAGACCUGGCCCCUCGGGACUCAGGGGAGCCGCCUGGCCAACAGCAAGGAGGCCGAGUCCGCAGGAAACAGGGAUCCCGGGUCCGAGCAGCCAGGGCAGGGCUCAGCUCCAGAGGGAAGGGCUGGCGGAGGAAAGGAAAUCACAGAUGCACAGUCGGCACCACAGCAAGAGCAACCAAUCGAUGUUUCUCUCCUCUUCCUCCUCCUCCUUCCUCCCACUCUCUCUAAAAAUCAAUGGAA